AUGGAUCUCGCCGGAGACGAGGGCGGCGAGGCCGCGGGAGCGCCGGCGAGGGGCUCCGGCGACGGGGGCGACGAGAUCCGGCGACUCGGAGCGGCGGAGGUCCAGAUCUGGCCGAGGGAAGCAGCGGCGGCUGGGUGGCGGAGCUUGGAGCGGCGCGGCGGCCAGCGCUCCGGCGGGCGGCGGCGCGAGGGCGGCCAGUGCGGGCAGGGUGGCGCGGAGCGAGCGGGGUCUGGCGGGCGUGCAGGCGCGCUGCGGCGGCGGGGCGGGGCCGGCGAAGGCGGCGGUAGCGGUGAGGCGAGGUGCGGCGGCGGCAAGGCAGCACGCGCCGGCAGAGUGCGCGGGGCGCCGGGCGCGGCGCAGGCGGGGGCAGGCGCGGGCGACGGCGAUCGGGCUCCGCGGGCCUGCAGCGGGCCGCGAGGGCCGGCGGCGGCGGAGGGCGCGGUGAGGACGGCGGGGGACACGUGUCGCGGCGUGAUUGGCUGUGGGCACGGGUGGACAUGUCCGGCGAGGGAGCGGACAUAUCCGGCGGCGCGAGGGGAGCGGGGCUAG